GAUCCUCCAGUAGCAACAACAGGUUCUGGAAUACCAGUUAGAGACAAAACUGCCACUCUUACAGCGGGAUAUAGAGGACCCGUUCUUAUAGAAGACGGAGACCUGCUAGAAGACCUUUCUCAUUUCAAUCGCGAACGUAUUCCAGAAAGGGUGGUCCAUGCGAAAGGUUUUGGAGCAAAAGGUUUCUUCGAGGUAACAAAUGAUAUAACAAAAUACAGUGCCGCCAAGGUAUUUUCUCCAAUGGGAAAGAAAACUCCAGUUGCAGUUCGUUUUUCCAACGCAUUUCGAGAAAAAGGUAAUGCAGAUACAGAUAUCGACCUUAGAGGAUUUGCAGUUAAAUUUUAUACUGAAGAUGGUAUAUGGGAUUUAAUGGCUUUACAUACGCCCGUUUUUGUUGUAAAUGAUCCUAAACUAUUCACCAAUUUUAAUCAUGCAGCCAAAAGACAUCCCGUUACUAACUUAGUAAAUUCAACUACAUUCUGGGACAUGAUAACGCUUAGGCCGGAAUCUACACAUGCUAUAAUGUGGUUGUUUUCACCGGCUACCCUCCCUUGCACAAUGAGGGNCUUAGCCAAGCUUUCGAAUUUAUUCAAAUUCGCGCUAUUAUUAUGUUUGCGAAUGUAA